CAGGUUUACACAAUUAAUGAUGAAUCACAGCAUUUGCUAAUAUGUGGAGUACCACAAUUGCAAUUAGUGGAAGAGGUGAGAAAGCUCACUUAUCCCUAUGGAAGUGUGAAAGCAAUUCAUUUGGUGACUGAAUAUCCUUCAGAAGAAUUUACGGAGACGUAUCAUGUACAUUAUGCACAUAUUCAGAGUGCGAGAAUAGCAAAGCGCUCAAUUGAUAAUAAAAAUUUCUUCGGUGGAAUUCUGCAUAUUUGUUAUGCUCCCGAGUUAGAGACUCUAGAGGAGACGAAAGUAAAGCUUAUACAACGCCGUAAGGAUGUAGCGACACAGAUAAAAAAAAUUCAACAGGAGUCGGUGAAUCUAAAAGUAGAUAAAUUUAUACCAAGAGAACAGUAUCAUAGAAAAAAGAAAACUCCUGCUUUGCCUCUCACUGAGGAACGGAUCAAGCAUUGUUAUCCUGGAGAAACGUUGUCUUCUAUUUGUAAAGGGAUACCUCAAAGCAUAGAUCCACGACCUGUGUCCGAACCGCGUUUACCAAUAAAUUGGAAAAGUGAUUGUAAUAGCGGCGCCAUGUCUAGUUUAGAAUCAUACCCGGCGCCGUAUCAAUCAACCGAUGCAGUGAUACAGAUGGGAAUUCAGCAGACAAAUAAAAAUACAGUCUCGAACGUGCAAAAACGGAAAAAUUGCAGAGUACACGACAAAGUCAAAAUUGUUCGGCCACGAUUGAUAGAUACCAGAAACAUCGCGAGAUUAAAUUCCACCGAGAAGAUAAAUGUAUUUUGUAAUGUAAAAAAAAUAGAAAAUAGAAUCACGAUCAAGUUACAGGAAAAAUCUGAUAGCAAAAGAAAGAAGAUAGUUAUAAAAAAUCCAAGUGUAAUAUCUUUGGUACAAUCCAGCAAAGAUCUUCAAUCUUCGAUCCAAGCGGCGAAAGCUCAAAUUCGCACGAUAAUGCAGAAACACGAUAAUUAAAUAAAUAUUGACGUUAUCAAAAAUUA